AUGGAAAACCAGAGAAUAAUAAUUAGAAGAGUUCAAAGGCCAACUGUUCCACCAAUCCAAGAAACAGUGCAAAUAGCCACAAACCCACGUGUAACAUACAUAUUGGAAUACGAAAGUCUUCAGAAAGUUUGUCAAAGUAAAUACUAUUCAGAUGGCGAUGUUUCAAAUUUCUUUAUUACUGGAAUAAUUAAACAAGCUGGUGGUAGUAACGAAGAUUGUACCAGUCAAAAUAUUUUUGCAAGGUUAACAAAAUGGGUAAGUAAUAAGGAUAGUAACACAAGAACAAAAGUAGUUGACAGUUUAGCCAUUUAUUCAAAAGGUGAAAAAAACCACAAUCUUAAAGUUUAUAUUUCCGAUAGCCAAGUAUUUUUUGGUAAUGAAAUAUUUGUUGACUCUUGUAAAACAGGUGAAGAGUCACACUGGUACCCAGAUUCAGUUCCUUUAAUAAAGAGAUUAAUUUCAAUAUUAAAUGAUUUUAGUAGUAAAUUUGACUCUAAGGCUAAAAUGAGAAAAGAUGCACAAGAAGCUUUUCAAUUUCCUCAUUCUGCACUUUACUUAAAUUCUUCCCAAUAA